AUGUGUGUUGCAAGCUCUACAAGCAACAUCAAUGGCGAACAUCCAUUAAAUGCCAAUAACAAAGGUUAUCAAACCGAUACCCUCGGUCUUUAUUUCAUGCACCCCAAUGAAAAUCUAGCAUUGGUUCUUGUUUCUCCUUUGCUUUUGACCAACAAUUAUCAUUCUUUAUCAAAAUCCAUGACAAUGGUUAUAAGAUCCAAGAAUAAGCUUCACUUCAUCAAUGACAGCGUGCCUCCUCGAGCACUAGAUGAAGACCAUAACUCUAUCCGUGCUUACAAAGAUGGUGAUCAAGUUAUUAGAAUCCUUAAAGGUUUGAAUGAUCAAUAUUCAGCUGUGAGAUCUCAGAUCAUGUUGAUGGAACCCCUUCCAACCAUCUGCAAAGUUUACUCUCUUCUUGUUCAACAAGACAGACAAGUUAUUUUACCUCUUGAUGAAUCAAAGGUAUUAGUCUUUCCUAAUCUCAAGCAACCUCAAAAGAAUACAUCCAAACCCAGUGGAAAUUCUCGUGGAAUAGGCAUUAAAGGUGGUAGAUCAUUUGGAGGAAGAGGUCGAGGUUCCCGAGCAGAUGUUCCUGACAAAACAGAUGCAUCUCAAAAUGAUUUCAAUGAAGAUAAUGAGCAAGUUCAAGGCAAUUUGGAAUUCACAAUUCACCAACAUAAAGCAUUAUUGGCCAUUCUUCGGGCUCCCAACAUCAACCAUUUGACAACUCAAAUUGAAAAUGGCUCAAGUAUCAUAUCCACUAUUCCUAACUAUCCUAGACCUCAGAAUCUUAUCCUUGAUACUGGUGCAAUAGAUCAUCUCAUUUCAAUUCCUAAGCUAACCAAACAAUUGAAAUGUCAAUUGGUGUUUAAUGAUAAUGAUUAUAUGAUACAUGAUACUCACUCCAACAAGAUUAUUGAUACAACUAGAUUGAAUGGUGGAUUGUAUAUCUUAGACUCUCCUUCAGUUACCUUGUAUCGUACCCCAUUUGCUCAUUCCAUCAAUACCUUACAUGAUCAUUAUUUAGACACAACUCAUAAUUGUAAUCUUUGGCACUUAAGACUUGACCACCCAUCAAUACCUUAG